AUGGGUGCAGGGGCUACCCCUACGGGGGAGGCCGGCACUCAGCUUGGUGCAGGGGCUACUCCUACGGGGGAGGCCGGCACCGGGAGCGAGGAGUCCGUUUUGACGGAGGGCGCCGAAAAGAGCGGCGAAGUCGUGGAAGAGCCGGUGGUCACCCCGGCGGAUUUGGGGACGAGGAGAAACCCCCCAAGAGAGAGGAGAUUGCCGGAGCGUUUUAGGGUUAACCUCGCGGCGGAAGGGGUUAGGGAUAACCCGCCAAAGGGGUCAGGGGAGCAUCCCGAGCCCCAAAGCUAUCAGGAAGCCAUAGGGGGAGAAGAGAGUGAGCUCUGGCGGUUGUCCAUGGACGAGGAGAUGCGGUCUUUGUUGGAGAACGGGAUUUGGGAGCUCGUCGAAAAGCCGGAGGGGGUGAAGCCGGUUCCCAUGAAGUGGGUUUACAAGAUUAAGCGGGAUGCGCUUGGGAACGUGGAGCGGUAUAAGUCUCGGUUGGUGGCAAAAGGGUACUUGCAAAAGCAAGGGAUUGACUUCCAGGAGGUCUAUGCCCCGGUGAGCAAGCACACAACCUUGAGGGCGCUUCUCGCGGUGCUUGCGGCGCGCGACCUAGAGCUUCACCAACUCGACGUCAAGACGGCGUUCCUCAACGGCGAGCUGGAGGAGACGAUCUACAUGAAGCAGCCGCAGGGGUACGAGCAAGGCGGGCCGGAGAUGGUUUGCCUCCUCAAGCGCUCCCUUUACGGGUUGCGCCAGGCGCCGCGGGCUUGGUACCUGCGCCUGAAGGAGGAGCUCGGGUUGCUUGAGUUUGGGGCGUCCGUAGCGGACGCGGCGCUUUUCGUGGGGGAGGUCGACGGGGAGGAGGUCUUCCUUCUCGUUUGGGUGGACGACAUCCUCAUCGCCACUCGUGGGAAGGACCGCGUGGCAAAGAUGAAGGCCCACCUCGCGCGGACGUUCGACAUGAGGAACUUGGGGGAGGCGACUUACUUCCUCGGGAUGGAGUUGGCGCGCGACCGGGAGGCGCGCACCCUGAAGCUGACGCAGAAGAAGCAGACGGGGGAGCUCCUUGGACGACACGGGUUGGCGGGCGCGGGGGCGCGCGGGCGCGCUCGGUUCCCCUCGGCCGUGGGGGCACUGGCGCGCUACACGAGCGCGCCAACGGAGGCGCAUUGGGCGGCGGCGCUCGGGGUGGUGCGCUAUUUGGCGGGGACGGCGGAGGCCGGGGUAACCUUUGGGGGGAGCGAUGAGCUCCUUGAGGUGUUUUGCGAUGCGGAUUUUGCGGGGGACGUUGACUCGAGGCGUUCCACGACGGGGUACGUCUUCCUGAUGUACGGGGGAGCGGUGAGUUGGUCAAGCCGUUUGCAGCCGACGGUGGCGGUGUCCACGGUGGAGGCGGAGUUUAUGAGCGCGGCGCAGGCGGUGAAGGAGGCGCUGUGGUUUCGCAAGCUCGGGGGAGACUUGGGGUUGGGCCUUGGCACGGUCCCAAUCAACUGCGACAACCAAGGGGCAAUACAGCUCCUGAAGCAUCCGGUCGCAGCACUGCGGUCGAAGCACAUUGACGUGCUACAUCACUUUGCACGGGAGCGGGUGGCGCGCAAGGAGGUUGGGUUCGCGUACUGCGGGACGGACGACAUGAAGGCGGACAUCAUGACCAAGGCGCUGACUCCGGGGAAGUUCUCCAAGUGCAGGAAGGAGAUAGGAAUUGCGUAG